UUGAAUCGAGGAAAUUCAAAAUGACAGAAGUCGAGCAUGUUACUUGUGAUUCGCCGGUAAACAUAGCAGUUAUUAAAUAUUGGGGAAAGAGAGAUGAGAAACUGAUUUUGCCACUGAAUUCUUCAAUCAGCGUCACACUUAACCAGGAUGAGUUGAGAGCCAGAACUACAGUUGCCAUCAGCAGACAUUUCAAAGAAGACAAGAUGUGGUUGAAUGGAAGGGAACAGUCCAUGAAAAGCGAAAGACUACAGUCUGUAAUAGCACAAAUCAAAAGAAUUUGUAGAAAGAGGAAGAUGGAUUGUGAUCAGCUGGAGGAAAAGCUGCAAUGGAAACUACACAUCUGCUCGGAGAACAACUUUCCAACAGCUGCGGGACUGGCCUCAUCUGCUGCAGGGUAUGCAUGUCUAGUGUACGCGAUGUCUAAGCUGUACGGUGUUGAUGGAGAUAUAUCCAAAAUAGCCAGACAGGGAUCCGGAAGUGCUUGUCGUAGUCUCUAUGGUGGCUUUGUCUUGUGGAACAAAGGAGAGUCUGUAGACGGGGAGGACUCAAGGGCAGAACAGAUAGCACCGGAAACUCACUGGCCAGAUCUCAGGAUACUUAUACUAGUGGUCUCGGACCAGACUAAGCACACAGGGAGCACAGUGGGGAUGCAGACCAGUGUAGAAACAUCGGAACUCCUACAGCAGAGAAUACAAACCGUGCCAGACAGAGUGGAACAGAUGAAGCAGGCCAUUCUCAAAAAAGAUUUCCAUACAUUUGCAGAAAUAACAAUGAAGGAGAGUAAUCAGCUGCAUGCAGUCUGCCUGGAUACGUAUCCUCCGGUUUCCUACCUCACUGAUAUUUCUCAUCACAUCAUACAGCUUGUUCAUGCCAUCAAUCAGGAUAACGGCUCUAAUAUGGUAGCCUAUAGCUUUGAUGCAGGUCCCAAUGCUUUCCUCUUUGUGCAGGAGAAAGAUGUCCCAAUAGUUUCAAGAGUUCUCUGUCAUUUUUAUCCCAGUUCUGACCCGCACUUCUUGAGGGGUUUACCAAUGCCCGAGAAGACUGACUAUCAGGUGGACUACACAACAUUUAGUGAACUUAAAGUAAUUCCUAAGGCUCUUAAGUUUAUUAUCCACACAAAACCUGGACCAGAACCAAGUGUGAAAGAAAGCUGUUGUGAACUGCUGGCCAGUGACGGCUUCCCUAAAGUAAAUUCCAACGAUGAUAAACAAUCUUAAAAAUUAUGAGGAGUUUUUGCAAUAUUAUUUGACUACAUAUAUUAUGUACAUACAUGUGAAAUAUAGCAUAAAAAUCAA